CGGAGAGCAAACUUGUCUCAACUCGCAUUCUGGAGCUUCAUCUCGUUUCAAUUUAUCACCAUGCACCCAUCCAUCCAUCUUGAGAUUAGUAGUAGAAAAUACUAGUCAAAGUCACUUAUCAAGCCAAUUAUAUGCUUGCUGAGAAGCAGAAUAUUCAGGUCAACUCAGAAUAAGAUUAAUCCUCCAACACACGAAAAGGGAGUGAACGUGAUUGAUACUUAUUUGACUUUUCGGAAGAGUUCAGAAUUUCAAUUAACAUUGUUUGAGACAAAUCUAGUUAUGAUACUUUGUUUUCUCGCAUCAAACUAAUCGAUCCAAAAUACAAAUUUAUGAAUUAGAAAUGAGUUCACUUCGAUAUACGUAGUUUUCCGUACGUAAAAAUAUAUUGACUAUACUUUGAGGAUUUUUUCACAAGUAGCGUGGCCUACAUUUCGUAUCCAAAUAAUACAAUAAUUGGGAACGCUCAGUUAAGAAAUGGACGGAAUCCCUCCAAGCUUGUUGCUGGAACCCUACCCACCCGACUCGUAUGAAGAAGAGGACCGAAAUAGGGAUCUUGUCUCUCACGACUUUGUAGCCGCAGGAAGUUCACAUGGAUUUCUUCAGUAUAUGAGCAAAGUCAUUCUCAACUUUAGUGACGCCGAGAGCAACUUGAACUCUAUUGACGCCUCUGGGACCCUUCUAAGUUUCACUAACUUGACCGAUGACGACACUAAAAUAAGAUAUCCGGACUUUAGUCAGGUCGAGAUCGUCAGGGUGAUCUUCAUUUGUCUAUUUGUUCUGGAGAGCGUGAUUGGCGUGAUGGGGAAUUUCUUUGUCUGCUUAACGGUGUACAGGAACAAGUCGAUGCACUCUCCCGUCAACUAUUACAUUGUCAACCUCGGAAUUUGCGACUUUCUCGUUGGAGCCGUUGUUCUCCCCGUCAAAUUAUUUGAACUGACGGCUGACGCUGAUAUAAACAUGAUGACGGAUUUUUGGUGCACAGCCGUUCGGUUUUUGGAGACCAUCGUCGUAUUCGCCAGCGUUUUCACUUUGGUUGCAAUCUGUUUCGAAAGAUACAACGCUGUUGUUUAUCCAGUUCAAUCCAGAAUCAAUAUGACGAACCUCCGCAUUCGUCGCGUCUUGACGGUGGUGUGGAUCAUUCCUGGCUUAGUUGCGGCUCCCAACCUCUACCCCGCAACGUCAGUGUCACAAUCUCUCUACUCCCAUUUUGGAGAAUUCACCCGUGUCACCUGCUUUGACGGAUUUUCGGAUGAUUUUCGAUUUGGCUAUUUCAUGUCCCUGUUCGUCUUCAUGUACCUUCUUCCCCUGGGAUUCAUUGCAGUCACCUGCUUUUCCAUUGCUCGAGUGUUGCUGAAGGAAAUUCCAGUCCAACCAAGACGAGAUCCCAGAGCUCACAACUUGGAACAAGGGCGGAGAAAGGUGGCAAAGAUGGUCCUUGUCGUGGUUUUUUCUUUUAUCGUUUGCUGGAGCCCAUAUUUUAUCGUGACCGCGGUGACCCAAUUGCAGACGGAGAGUUUCCUGUAUAAGAGUCAGUAUUUCUUUACCAUGCUUCUUAUUAACCUGCUCGCUUUCACCAACUCUUGUGUCAACCCCUUCGUCUAUUUCGCGAUGAGUGCGAGAUUCAGAAAGGGCUUUAUGUGCAUUUUACGCUCCUUCCGCAACUGUUCUCGGCGAAGUCGAUUCCCAUCGGACAAUAGCCAAUCGUCCCUUCGACACGUGAGUCACAACCGGACGAUUAAUGGCGUCAUGAGUCUCCACUCUCAUCCGAUACGACGAAACAGCGUCCGCACCCCACGACAAGAGUCCAUCUUGCCAAUGAGCAGUUCGAGGGGAGGGGGUCGCGGUGGGGGCAGUCGACCAAAUGUUUUCCGAGGAACGUCAACCUCCUCAAACCCAGCCACCCCCUACAACUCCACCACUACUGGUAACACUCAAGCUCGUCCAAUAUAUCAUCACAGUGACCAAGAUGACAGAUGCACCUCUUGCAGCCGCAGCUCGAGAACGCUCCUACUGCAGAUCAAUCACUGUAGGAGCCCGACAUGCUGCACACACUUGGUUCCUUUGAUGACAGAUGGGAAUGGGAGAAUUAUGAGUCAGGACAAUUUGGAACAGAUCUUUCCUUGGGGCGAGUCCUGCGACCUCUGAAUCGUAUAUUUGUCCGUAUAGCCCCGCAGCACUCUCUUUGAUGGAGCAUCUUUAAUCCUUGUUCUUUUCGAUGGAUGGAUGGAUGGAUGAAGAAAAGAACAAAAUGCUAAAAAUCAUAGGUGUAUACUUAUUUUCUCGUCCUUUAAGAUUGUUGACAGUAUUUUCUAAAACGUAAAAUUAUUAUACAGCACCAGAAGUACGUUCUAAGUCUAUUUUUAUGAAUGUAUGACAAAAGAAUUUUAAAAUAGUAUAUCCAAGUCAAUUUACCUGAUAAUGUUUCAUUCAUAAGCUGAAUGAUAAGUACUAAAAACGUAAUCACAUGCGAAUGAGUUAUGAGACAACUGACGUACAAUGAAAGUGUGCAAGCUAAAUAACUUUAGUGUUCGUUCAGUCUCAUUUUCCGAGAACUAUUCGACUUUCAUAUAAUAUUUGAUAAAAGUUAACUGUUGAAAGUUUUAAUGAAAGAAAAAUUUCUUCAUGGAAUCCUAUUGAGAUAUGCAUAAGUUAAUGUAAGAGAAUAUUGGGCUAUACAUUCAUGUUAUUAUGUAGUAGUUAUUAUAAAACUAAUUGGUCACGUAGAUUAUUUACAAGUUUACUAUUUAAUUUGAUAAUGAUGUAAUAUUGCGUAAUAUAAAGAAAUCAUGGAAUACCUAGCUAACGAAAUGUGUUAUUUUUCGUCACUUCAAAAUGCGAGUGUCGUAAAGAGACUUUUGCGCUUCUUAUUUAUUUCCUUUUAAAUCACGACGUGGAUCAAAUUACAAAAAUAAGUAUUUCCAAUUAUACAGUAAUAUACAGAAUAUUGUUGCGACAUACUCAAAAGAGGGGAAAAACCCCUCUGAACAUGCAUGCAGAUUAACAGAUCUCUUGAGGUAUGUAUACAUACUUACCUUACAAAUUAACAAAAAUAUUAUUAUUAUUACACUGGAAAAUGUACUAUUUUGAUGUAUCUAAAUACUAUAAUAAGCUAAUCUUGUUUGUAACAUAAACUAUGACGAGUAUUUUAAUAUAAAUAAAUCCAAACUUUCUCUCCUAUUGAUUCCCUAUGCGUGCAUAUUACUCAUUUCAUACAUAAAAAACUGGAUACGCUGUAAAUGUUGGACAAAAAAUAAACAAAAUGCGUCGCCAAGAAUGACCUGUAAAUAAAAUCUUGACCUCUGAACUUUCACCACCAUGGACGGCUCGACAGGUUUCGCUUUCUCAAAGUGCCCACCAAGACCGCUACAGCGGCUCCGUUUCCCGUGGUGCUUCAACUACGCUCUCUCGUGAAUAGCCGACGUCCUCGUGUUUAUUCAACAACUGCUGGAUUAUUCUAUCCUGUUUUAUUUUGUUCUGCAAUUAGUUCAAAUAAUGCUGAAUAGUAAUUAAAAUCAGUUUGCAAAAAAUUUAUUUGAGAAACAAGUUUAAUUUGUCAAA